AUGUCGAAAGAUGGAUGCAAAGUUCGGAUGUCGCGAAGGGGUCAAGCAGUGACCUGUAACCAACGUGAGGCUUUGCCAGAAGAUGAUGCAAUAAUUGAAGAUGGAUUGUUGUUUCGUGCUGUUCUGGAGCGCCUACCUAGCUCUGAACUGAAGCGUAUACCUAGUUCUGAACUGGAGCAUGUACCUUAUUCUGAAGUGGAAAGCAUACCUAGUUCUGAAAAGAAUCGUCUAUUGAGUUCUGAACUGGAGCGCCUACCUAGUUCUGAACAGAAUCGUCUGCUUAGUUCUGAACUGGAUCGCGUACCUAGUUCUGAACAGAAUCGUCUACUUAGUUCUGAAUUGGAGCGCCUACCUAGCUCUGAACUGAAGCGUAUACCUAGUUCUGAACUGGAGCAUGUACCUUAUUCUGAAGUGGAAAGCAUACCUAGUUCUGAAAAGAAUCGUCUAUUGAGUUCUGAACUGGAGCGCCUACCUAGUUCUGAACAGAAUCGUCUGCUUAGUUCUGAACUGGAUCGCGUACCUAGUUCUGAACAGAAUCGUCUACUUAGUUCUGAAUUGGAGCGCCUACCUAGCUCUGAACUGAAGCGUAUACCUAGUUCUGAACUGGAGCAUGUACCUUAUUCUGAAGUGGAAAGCAUACCUAGUUCUGAAAAGAAUCGUCUAUUGAGUUCUGAACUGGAGCGCCUACCUAGUUCUGAACAGAAUCGUCUGCUUAGUUCUGAACUGGAUCGCGUACCUAGUUCUGAACAGAAUCGUCUACUUAGUUCUGAAUUGGAGCGCCUACCUAGGACUGAACUGAAGCGUCCACCUAGUUCUUGA